CUUAUCUCAUUGUCACCAUUAAUGAACAGUAAUUUUCAUAUCCAUCCUAACGUGUAUCUGGGUGAACCAACGAAUGGUGUUGAAUAAUAAACAAACAAACGGCCAUAAAUGUAUGAAAUGAAUGAUUAUUUGUUGAGAGAAAGAUACAGAGCAUUCUUAUAUAGAGAGACAUUCAUUAAGCUGUUGGCAGGAAAAAGCUAUGAUAGGCUCAAACUAUUCAUUCUUUCUUCGUGCCAUUGUUCUUCUUCUCUUUUCCAUUUCAAACUUUGUCAGCACUUUUGCUUCUCUCACACCUGGCCUGUGUCAUCCGGAUCAGAGAGAUGUACUUCUCCAGCUCAAGACGGAGUUCAAGAUUCGGAAGCCUGAUGAUGAUGAAUUCUAUGAUCGUUAUGGUUUCCAACAGAACGUGACUUCUUACCCGAAGACGGAAUCAUGGGUAAACAGCAGCACCGACUGUUGUAACUGGGAUGGUGUAACGUGCAAUACCGAGUCAGGGAAGGUGAUCGGGCUAGACCUUAGUUGCAGCUUUCUUUAUGGUCGUCUCGAACCCAAUUCUAGUCUUUUUAGACUGAAACAUCUCACGAGUCUGAACCUUGCUUUCAACAACUUCACUUUCUCUCCAAUCCCAGAUAAGUUCAAUAAUCUCAUUUUGUUAGAAACACUAAACCUCUCUGGCUCUUCACUGAAAGGUCAUAUUCCAAAAGAAAUUCUCCAGCUCACCAGUUUGGUGUCUCUCGAUCUAUCUUUUUAUGUUUCUCUUUAUCCCCCUCCUUCAAGUUUGUUGUUGUCCAUUGAAAACCCACCAUUGUUUCUCCGUCUGCUUGCUCAAAACCUGAAGAACCUUAGAGCCUUGGAUAUGAGCUACGUAAACAUAUCUUCAGAAAUCCCCCACGAGUUUUCAUACAUGCUCUCUCUAAGAUCUCUACAUCUUGAGCGAUGCUCUCUGGUUGGAGAGUUUCCAAGCAGUGUUUUCCUGAUACCAAACUUACAGUCCAUUAUAUUGGAUGGCAAUCCAGACCUGAGAGGCAGCCUUCCUGUUUUUCGUAGAAACAACUCUCUGCAAGUCUUAAGCCUUCUGGAAACAUCGUUUUCAGGUAUCAUACCUGAUUCCAUCGCCAACCUUAAGCAUUUAGCUUCUUUGACCCUCGCAUAUUCCAAUUUCUCUGGGAGGAUUCCAUCUUCACUUGGUGAACUUUCUAAUCUCUCACGUCUCAGUCUUUCUUUAAAUCAUUUCACUGGUGAAGUCCCAUCUUCAAUUGGCAAUCUAAAACAGUUGAUCAGCUUUGACGUUGGCUAUAAUCAGCUCACCGGGAACUUUCCAUCUGCACUACUCAAUUUGACCAAACUACGUUUUAUCAAUCUCGGUUCCAACCAGUUCACAGGUUUCCUCCCACCUAACAUUGGCCAACUCUCCAAACUGGAAUUCCUUUCUGCCUUUGGUAAUUCAUUUACAGGAGCAGUUCCUUCAUCUCUGUUACAAAUCUCUUCACUGACAGAACUCUUUUUGGACGACUACCAACUCAGUGAUCUCGUUGGAUUCGAGAAUGUCUCUCUGUUCUCUAAUUUACAACUUCUUAUAUUUAAAUCUAACAAUUUCAGAGUCAGUAGUCCAGUUGACUUAAAUGUCUUCUCUUCUCUCAAACAGCUAGUAACGCUAUCUCUUUCGGGCAUCCCUCUUUCAACAGCAAACAUCACUUCAGAUUCUGAUUUUUCAUCAAAUUUCGAGGAUUUGUCCUUGUCAGGCUGCAACAUCACUGAGUUUCCUGAGUUCAUAAGAGACCAGAGAAAUCUAAAGUAUCUAUACCUUUCCAACAACAACAUCAAAGGCCAAGUACCAGACUGGUUAUGGAGACUACAAGAGCUGCAAUUUCUGGAUCUUUCUCACAACUCCCUAAGCGGUUUUGAUGGAUCCUUGAAAGCUGUACCUGGAAGUCAAAUCCGUAUGUUAGAUCUAAGGUCAAAUGCUUUCCAGGGGAGACUCUUUAUCCCAUACACAUCUAUAGCGUACUUGUUUGCUUCGAGCAAUAACUUCACUGGAGAGAUACCUCGUUCGUUAUGUGGUGGACAAUCCUCUCCUACCAUCAUAGAUCUAUCCAACAACAACUUCCACGGCUCAAUUCCUCGGUGUUUAGGGAGUCACAUGAGUUCUCUUGCGGAUUUAAAUCUACGAAACAAUAGCCUCAGUGGAAGUCUUCCCGACAUGUUCAUGCAUGCCUACGAGUUAGAGUCGAUUGACGUCAGCCACAACAGAUUGGAGGGAGAACUACCUGCAUCUCUAACCAGUUGUUCUGCUCUGGAAGUUCUAAAUGUGGAGAGCAACGAAAUCAAUGACACUUUCCCGUUCCAGUUAAGUUCCUUGCAGAAGCUACACGUUCUUGUCCUCCGAUCCAAUAAAUUUCAUGGAAAGUUAUAUCAAUCCGAUGGGGUUUGGUUCGGGUUUCCUCAGUUGAAAAUCAUUGAUGUAUCAAAUAACGACUUCCUCGGUACCCUACCAUCUGACUACUUCCUGAAUUGGACUGCAAUAUCCUCUAAUGAAGAUAAGGAUAGACAACCGCACUACAUCUGGGAUUCUUCUCUUAACUACGAAUACUACACUUCUGUUGUGUUGAUGAAUAAAGGAGUAUCAAUGGUGAUGGAACGUAUCCUCACAGUCUACACAGCCAUUGAUUUCUCUGGAAACAGAAUCCACGGACAAGUCCCUGAAUCCAUCGGUCUCUUGAAGGAACUCCACGUUUUCAAUCUGUCAAGCAACGCUUUCACAGGACACAUCCCAUCGUCUUUGGCAAACAUUUCGGCGCUGGAAUCACUGGACCUAUCCCAAAACAUGCUUUCUGGUGAGAUCCCUCCAAAGCUCGGCGACCUCUCUUCCCUUGAGUGGAUAAAUGUUUCACAUAAUCAGCUGGUGGGUUCAAUACCACAAGGUACACAGUUCCAGCGGCAAGCCUGCUCUUCCUACGAGGGAAACCCUGGACUCUUUCGUCCUUCCCUUAAGGAUAUUUGCAGGGAAACAACAUCACCUGGAUCUGAACCACCAGUGUCAUCCGAAGAAGAAGAAGAAGAGGGAAGUUUCAGUUGGGUAGCAGCAGGGUUAAGCUUUGCACCUGGAGUUGUAUUUGGAUUUACUAUCGGAUACAUCAAGAAGAAUCUUGGCAGAAACAGGCACUGAAGCGCGCUCCUUAGCCUCACUCCCCUAAGCAUUACUGUUCUGUUCAAUAUAGUUAUUGCAUUUUAGUAUUAUUUGUUGUAUUGCACGAAAAAUAGUGAUAUGUCAAACGUUAUGUAUAAUAUAUGAAGUAUCAAAACAAGAAUCAUGUCUACGCCACUCUGUACUUGAUCAGAGCUUGGAUCCUAUUAGAUGGUUAUCUCCGGUGUAUGAUUCUUAUUGAGAGUUGGUUUAGUUUACUUUAGCUAUCCAACAUAUAUAUAUUUUACCAUGUAACAA